AUGAAUUCCAUGUCCUGGAAGCACAAGUUUUACGAUCUAGAGAAGAAAAUUUCAUCCCAAAUUUCGGAACUUUUGCAGCUGACCCAGGCUGGAAAUUGUGUAGAAACCACAGAUUACGCCAAGUUUAAAACUGAACAUUACUGUAAAGUAGCAAAGGAAGCCUUAGAACUGCUAAAACAAGCCCAAAACAGGAUUGAAGGAGACCGUUACAGAAUAGAAUCCUAUAUGGACAGAGUUUCUGACUUAGAAGAUCAGUUAUCCCAGUAUCGUUUAAGGUUUAAUCAAUCACAAAUGAUUUAA